CGCCAGCAGAGGGCGACAAAACACCAAGUGAACAUGACACUGUGCUGUCAUUUUCAUCUGUUUGAGCGGGGCAUGUGCGUUAAUUGCGUCAAAUGUUUUAACGUGAUUAAUUAAAAAAAUUAAUUACCGCCUGUUAACGCGAUAAUUUUGACAGCUCUAUUAAAUAUACAUACAACGAAAGCUUAUUCAAGAAAAAAAUAUAACAAAGGAUGCAGCUUUAGUCGUUAAAACUGAUUUAUCUUUUAUCUUAAUUUUUAGAGAUGUUUCACAGAGAUCAGAUGUAGGCCUUCCUGUAAGGCAUGUAGCCCUUUUUCUCAUUUAACUCAUCAAUGCUCUUGACAAUGAUAGAUGUCCAAUCCAUUUGAAAUGGACUUGCAAUGAAUGAUUAUGUCUCAAUGGUACUGACGACGAAAGACAACCAAUCUUUUUGACUGGGAGGGUCUGCAUCGAUCAAACAGCUAAUGAGUUAAUUCUCAUUUCCAAUGUUUCCUAUCUAUCUAGGUAAAACAAAAAGAUCAACCGUCCAGAUGAUGGCAGAACAUGGGGUGCCAUGUGAUGGGCAAGACGCUGCUUAUUGUAUGAAUGGGGGCACAUGCUACAAACUUGCCUCAAUGGAAACGAUCUCAUGUGUGUGCAAUGACUACUACAAAGGGAGCCGAUGCGAGCAGUUCCAACUACUCAUCGGUACCUCUGACAGUGAGCAGGCGGGUCUAAUUGUUGCUCUGGUGCUUGUUGCCCUCCUCAUUUUAGUGGUCAUCGCCGUUAUUAUCUAUUUUACACAUAAGAUGAUGAAAGCCAAGCAACAAAGGAAACAGAGUCAGAUAGAGUACUGGAAAGUUAAACCAAGAGUAUGACAAUUCCACGAUGACAUUCUUCUACCACCAACAUGGUGAGAUAAUUUUGAAUGGUGGCUAUUAUGGAAAGAACUGACUUGAGGACCUUUUAAUGCACGAGGAAAUGAGUUGGAACGAGACCUAUUGGUAUUAUAGUGGAUCUUCUAUGGUCGAACCCAAUGAAAUCAGAGCCACUAGACCCCUCCCCCAACUGUAAUGUAGUCCAGGAUCAAAUUUAAUAAACUAAUAACUGUCAUAAAAACGUAAAAUAUCAUUAACUGCCAUUAUCGGUUCUCUCAACUUUGAUGAUGAGUGACAAAUUGACUAAAUGCAGCAUUCUAAAGCCAUAUUAUAUUGAAUUGCUUGAUACGGAUGCAAGUAUUGUAUAGCCACACUGUCCCAUUUACCAUUACAUUUACCCCCCCCGUCUAAUUUGAAAUUGUGAGAAAAUGCUGGAUUUGAGUUUGACUUUGUUCGGAUGCCUUUUUUCCUGAAAAUGUUGGUCAAAUUCUGAAGUUCCUUCCCAACUUUUAGAGGUAAUAGGACUACAAUUAAACCACAUUUCAAUAUACAGAAUGUUCUUUGUCUAAAAGUAUACAAAUCUUUGUUUGUAUAUAUUUCAAUCAUACUAUGUGCAUUUAUAACCUGCUGCAUGUGAAAAGAACUUUGUAAAAUAUUGGUUAAAAGGGUGCGUUUCUGUAAAUACGAGCAAUGAUCCCUACUAAAGGAUUUGAAAUACUAUUGUGUGAUUUAUUUUUGACACCGGCAAAACACAAACAAAUCUUGCACUAUUAUAAGUAUAAUAAAACGAACAAUUUCUUUUCCAAAUAGCACAUUUUUUUGUUCUAAUUUAAACCAGCAUUGACAAAAACACUUCGUUUAUGGUGGUGAGCACCAUCUAGUGGAUUGCAAAUAGAAACACAUUUUUCAUAUUUGUCCAAACACACUAUAAACAUACACAUGAUCUCCUGUAUAUCUUUUAGCCCCACUUAAAAACAAAAAGGCAACUUUUGACUUAAUGAUUAUAUGCAAACCAGUAAAAGGCAACCAACUGAUUCAAUCCGUUUUGAAAGAGUAAAAAAAUGGUUGAACGGCAUUUUUUUUAUGGUGGUGUUUUUGUUCAACCUAAAAUAUCCUUUUUAUAUCCUAAUUUGGAGCAGUGAAAG